AUGGAUCGCUGCCUUUUAUGCAACAACGAAACUCACUGGGCCCCUGUAGGGAGCACGAUGUGCUUUGAAAAGGAAGUGGAGUAUCUCAACUGGAAUGACUCCUUGGCUAUCCUACUGCUGGCCCUCUCCCUUCUGGGAAUCAUGCUUGUUCUGGCCAUCGGCAUAAUAUUUACAAGAAACCUGAACACACCCGUUGUGAAAUCGUCCGGGGGACUGACAGUCUGCUGUGUGAUCCUCCUCUGCCAUUUCCUCAACUUUGCUAACACAGGCUUUUUCAUUGGAGAACCACAAGAUUUCACCUGUAAAACCAGGCAGACGCUGUUUGGUGUGAGCUUUACUCUCUGCAUCUCCUGCAUUUUGAUGAAGUCUCUGAAAAUCCUGCUAGCCUUCAGCUUCGAUCCCAAGUUGCAGAACUUUUUGAAGUGCCUCUAUAAACCGAUCCCCAUCAUCUUCGCUUGCACAGGUAUCCAGGUUGUCAUUUGCACACUCUGGCUCAUCUUAGCAGCACCUACUGUGGAAGAGAAUGUGUCCUUUCCCAGAGUCAUUAUCCUGGAAUGUGAAGAGGGAUCCAUCCUAGCAUUUGGAACCAUGCUGGCCUAUAUCGCUAUUCUGGCCUUCAUUUGCUUCAUAUUUGCCUUCAAAGGCAGGAAAUUACCUGAGAAUUACAAUGAAGCCAAAUUCAUAACAUUUGGCAUGCUCAUUUACUUCAUAGCUUGGAUCACAUUCAUCCCUGUCUAUGCUACCACAUUUGGCAAACAUUUGCCAGCUGUGGAGAUUAUCGUUAUUUUAAUAUCUAACUAUGGGAUCCUGUGUUGCACAUUCUUCCCCAAGUGCUAUGUCAUUCUUUGUAAGCAAGAGACAAACACAAAAUCUGCCUUUCUCAAGAUGAUUUACAGUUACUCUUCCCACAGUGCAGGCAGCCUUGCUAUGAGUCAUGUUUCACUGGACUCCUCUAACAGCAAUAUCCCAAUGACCAAUCCCAGCUCUGGUCAUAAGUCUGCAGUCUGGCAGACAAGCAAAGAUCUUCAGGCACGAGCAUUUGCAUACAUCUGCAGAGAAAAUGCUACAAGAGCAUCUAAAACUUUGCCUCGAAAGAGAAUUUCAAGUAUUUGAAUGAGUCCUUAAGAGAUGGCACGUUCCUGAAUAAAAUGUUUCUAGGGU